UGCAACUUGAACAGCUGAAUGUUGAUAAAUAGAAUGUUGAUAAAUAUAUACAACCCAUAGAUAUUAUGGUUAUUUACAUAUUUAAAAAAGGAGUUUAUUAUGUGCUAGGUUUUUAGGACGUUUAUAGUAACCUGGGACGGGGUUUUCCUGACCCUGAUUGCCGGACAUGGUGUACCGCGUGGCAGUUGUGGGAGCCGGACCGGCGGGAUUGACGGCCGUCAGAUGGUGCCUGCAAGAGAACCUCGUGCCCACGUGCUUCGAGAAGGCUGACGCAAUCGGAGGCCUGUGGCAUAUUACGGACGGAGAUGAUGAUCGAACGACGGUAAUGUCGUGCACAGUGGCGAACAUAAGCAAGGAGCUGACGGCGAUGAGCGACGUACCGCCCCCAGAAAGUCUCCCCGUGUACCUGACGGGUCGCCGCCUCUUAGAGUACCUCCAGCUGUACGCCCGCCAACAUGACCUGGAGCAAUACGUUCAGUUGAAUACUGAGGUAAUAUGUAUAGAGGAAGCGGCUGACCACGCCCAGACCGGUCAGUGGACGGUUCGGACAAGGCGGGUCAAAGGCAAACAUGACGCUUCAGCCGAACACGGGUAUGACGAUGUGGAACAGACGUUUGACGCCGUUAUUGUCGGGUCUGGUGUCAUGGCAAAACCAUACAUUCCGGAGUUUCCUAAUCUGCAGAAUUUUCAAGGGCGGAUACUUCAUUCUAAACACUACAAAUCAUGGGCUGGAUUCGAGGGGAGGCGUGUCCUCGUUGUAGGGGCGGGUAACUCUGCAGCAGACGUGGCGUGUGACAUCAGCACAGUUGCCGAACAGGUGUAUCUGAGUACACGGAACGGUCUGUGGCUCGGUGAGCGGCGGGCGGCGCGGGGUCGCCCAUUCGAUAUGAUCUUAUCCCGGUUCACUAACGCCGCCAUGCAUUACUUCCCGAGUCUAUUGAACAAGGUCAUUGCAAAACAACUAAAUGCCAAAUUUGACCAUGAACUGUACGGCUUAUGUCCGAAAGUAGCGCCAUUCCAGAGCACCACAUGUUUAAGCGAUGAACUUUCAUAUAAGCUGAUGACAGGUAAAGUGAAAAUCAAAAAGUGUAUAAAAUGCUUCACAAAAACUGGCGUGGAGUUUGUUGAUGGAGACGUCAUUGAUACGGUAGAUGACGUCAUAUUUGCAACCGGAUAUAAGCCCGACUUCCCUUUCCUCUCCGAUGGAAUUCUGGGAGAGGAUAAGACCCAGAUGUUCCUCACAAUGUUCCCCUUGAACCGGAAGUACCCUACCCUGGUAUUUCCGGGCUGCUUCCGAAUGAAGGGUCCGAUCUUAGUUGCCAUUGAAAUGCAAAAUCGCUACGCCGCCAAAAUAUUAAAGGGCACAUUGAAACUCCCGUCGCAGGGCGACAUGCACAACUGGGUGGAGGCAAACAAUGAGCAGAGCCGGAAGUGGCGCUCAGCGACGCUCGUGCACGCGUCACAGGUUGAUUACGUCCCAUUCAUGGAUGAUAUUGCAACCCGCAUCGGCUGUAAACCGCGUAUAGGUUGGCUGCUGCUUACGGACCCGCGGCUUGCACUCCGCUGUCUGUUCAGGGCCUGCACAUCCUACCAGUUCCGGUUGCACGGACCGGAUGCCUGGAAGGGCGCUAAAGCCGCCAUUAUGGGACAAGAUGACCGGACUUUCUCCUCCUUUAGAGAAGGGCAUAAUCGCGACGGUGGUCAGCAAGAACCCAACCGGCAUUGGUUAAGGUGGCUGAUGGUCGUAGGUCUACUAGCAGCUUUCGUUAGUAAAGUAUUGAUGUGAAACACUCAAAUUUUGUCUGAAAGCCUGUAUUUGGACACUAGGACCCGGUAAUGAGCAUAUAAAACUAAUAACCAUCAGCGACUAAAUAUGGACAGGCAAACGUGACAUUUUUUUGAAGGUUUGUUAUAUAUUAAUGUAAAUGUGCGAACGACUUGUGUCAUAUACACCGUCUUCCUAUUGGUGCAAUUAUAAUUUUCUAUGUUUUCAUAUUUGUCGCAGAUAUGUUUAAGUCGUAACCGUACAAUCACUGUUGUGACCACUAAUCAUCUGCAAUUCCAUAAUGUAUCUAAAUAACUAGAUAAACAGCUUCUUAUAUUUAUUACUAUUCACAAUAAAGUUAUACGUGAACAUUC